AUGCUCCAAGCGCAGAGCCAGCACGUCUUCUCCCACCAGCAUCAGUACCCGCAGGCUGAUCCCGCGUGGCUGCAGCACCAGCAGCAACAGCAACAGCAACAACAGCAGCAGCAGCAGCAACACCACCAGGCCCAGCCGCACCAGCAACACCAGCAGCAGCAUGCCUCCUUGGUCGCUCAGCAACAUGCUCAGGUCCAAGCUGCUGCCGCCGCUGCGCAGCAACAACACUAUGGUCGCUUGGCUAUGAACGGUGGCAACGGCGCCGUAAACCCUGGUCAGGCCUCGGGCGGCAUCGGCGGCAUGGGCGGAGAAGGUUUGGCCAAUGCGGUCUCCAACAUGGAGGGUGCCAUCAGCGAUGAGAAUCGCAAAGUCUUCAUCUGGGUUGCAGAACUUCUGGACCCUGCCCGUAGGGAAGCGGCGCUCAUGGAACUGAGCAAGAAGAGAGAACAGGUCCCUGAGCUGGCUCUUGUGAUCUGGCACUCAUUCGGUGUCAUGACUGCCCUCCUCCAGGAAAUCAUCUCAGUCUACCCCCUUCUGAACCCUUCGCAGUUGACUGCCGCCGCUUCAAAUCGAGUCUGCAAUGCGCUGGCGCUCUUGCAGUGCGUCGCAUCCCACAAUGAGACGCGCACUCUUUUCUUGAACGCCCACAUCCCUCUCUUCCUCUACCCCUUCCUCAACACCACCUCGAAGUCUCGCCCAUUUGAGUACCUCCGUCUCACUUCGCUCGGUGUCAUCGGAGCCCUGGUGAAAAACGAUUCAUCCGAUGUGAUCAACUUCCUGCUUACAACUGAGAUCAUUCCCCUCUGUCUUCGUAUCAUGGAGACCGGAUCGGAGCUCAGCAAGACUGUUGCUAUAUUCAUUGUUCAGAAAAUUCUUCUUGAUGAUAUUGGCUUGGCAUACAUCUGUGCCACAUACGAGCGCUUCUACGCUGUCGGCACAGUCCUCAGCAACAUGGUCGGUCAACUAGUGGACCAGCAAACGGUGCGAUUGCUCAAGCACGUUGUCCGCUGCUUCCUUCGAUUGAGUGAUAACAGCCGUGCCCGAGAGGCAUUGCGACAAUGUCUACCCGAACCUCUUCGGGACGCCACCUUCUCAUCCGUUCUCCGAGACGAUGCAGCCACCAAGCGCUGCCUGGCACAGCUCCUCAUCAACCUCUCAGACAACGUGUCUGAUGGAGCCUCGGCGGCCAUGUAA